GUGUUCAGGUGCUCUCGCGCUCCAGUCCGAUCACGUGACCGCGCUUCAGCUUUGAGUUCCCGGGAGUUUAACGGAAGAUGCGCGAGACGGGUUUCAGAGAGCUGCACGUGCUGUGUGUCAUCAUCACCUACUGGUGUUACUGUCUGAGUGGGGACCGGGCCACCGCGGAAUGUUUUCCACUGAUCGACUGUGGAGACGAUGGAGACUACAGACAGGGUUCAGCUGUACAGAGCUCGCUGUGUGACCUCGUGUGGGGACACCAGGACAAGGAGCAGAUUCAGAACGUCUUUAAGCGGUUCCUGUUUCACUACUCGAAGGCUCAGAACUCCGUCGGCACCGUGGAGAGAGAGUCUCACUCGGUCCACCCCUUGAUGCGUCUCUCGCCCAAGUUCACCCUGCGGAGGAAGAAACAGCAGGUUUUGUCUAGACACAGAGGAUGAGGCGCGGUCGCUCUGACGGAGUCUCUGCAGAUGAGACGGGACGUCCAGUCGGAUCCUAACGCCAUGUGGACUGUAACAUCACCUCCUGUUGUGUAAAUAAAGCCUCUCACGUGUGCGUUUGAUUUCUCUCUUCCUCUGCACUCAUGUCACAGUGAAGGCACGUGUCCCUG